CACAGAACAGCGCAGGUUUUUUUGUUCGGCUGUGAGCAUUGCGGCUCGGCAAGCGUCUCAACAUGACAUUGCCGAUGGGCUUCUCGAUUUGGCGGAGAUUAGUGGCUCUGCACAGAGUUUCCCUGCCAAGUCCGCCAAGUCCGCUGUGCCAAAUACAGAACAAACCCUGCUAGGCAAUGAAGCGACACCCAGUAGUGAUGUUGUGCAUUGCGACAACGCAGCAGCAGAGCCUCCUUUGCAGAUCUUUGUCCUGCAGCUGUGGCAUUCAGAUCGACACUUGGCUUGGGGACGCGUCCGCACGAGCAUCAUCAGUAAUCGUCACCCAUUGUAGGCGUGGGAGAUUAUGGGUAUCGCCCAGCAUUUUGAUUUUCUCUGGACGCGCGAUAGGCCCAGCUAGAAGAAGCACUCAACUUUGUUGGCAGAGCUGGGCGGUACUUGAGUCUCUCUGUUGCCGCGCUGCACAUCAUACGGGUAACGAUCCCUUGACGCGAGCGGGAUGAAGGCUCAGUGCGCCCGGCGAUACAGCCAAGUACUCUAACAUCAUUGAUUAAUCUGUGAGACCACGAUCGUUUGGUGUGUUUUAGUGAUUGAGAAUUGUGGUUCGUAUCACGAUACCAGCUGGAGAUCUUCUUCGCGUGGAGCAAUGACGCCGGUCGAAGUCUGGAAGAGGCGGU